AAAUAUAUUGAUAAAUAUAAAUCCAUGGUUUUCUGUUUCCCAGCUUUUUCUUCUUUUUCCUCCUAUAAUUUAAAUGUCCCAAGAAAGAUUUCUAAAACAGGCAAGCCAAACCUUAUUUUACGAGGCUCCUUGUCAAACAAUUAUGAAAAACAAAGCGAUGCCCUUGAGAAGGAUACUGUUCUCAAAUCUAACCUCGUGAAACACUUGAAGCAUCCAAUGGGACACCCUAGCGUCAUUGAAGACAUUCAUGUUGAACAUGCACGAAAAUUGAAGGCAUUUAAGCAUAUGAUAGGCAGAGGAGGAGAAGAUAGUUUCGAAGGAUUGGCCAUUAUUGACGCUGUUCAACGCCUUAGCAUUGAUUACCACUUCCAGGAUGAGAUUCAACAAAUUCUACGCCGGCAGUAUGUGAUAUCUACCAGUGACCCAUUUCAGCAUCAUCAUUGUCUUCAAGAGAUUUCUCUUCGCUUUCGACUGUUGAGACAAGAAGGCUUUAAUGUGCCUACUGAUGUGUUUAACAGAUUUACGAACAAGGACGGAAAGUUUAACCAGAGAUUAAAAGAAGACAUUAAUGGAUUGUUGGAUCUAUAUGAAGCAUCACAGCUUUGUGUAGAAGGAGAAGAUGUGCUUGAUGAAGCUAGGCAAUUUAGUUCGAAACUCCUCAAUGACUCGAUGACUAAUCUUGACGAUUACCAAGCUGAAAUUGUUAGAAAUACGUUGUCGUAUCCUUAUCACAGAACCUUGGAGAGGUUCGUGGCUAAAAACUUCUUUCUUAGAAAUUUCCAAGGUGAAAAUAGAUGGAUAAAUGUUUUCCAGGAUCUAGCCAAAAUGGAUUUCAAUUUGGUCCAAUCCUUACACCAAAGUGAAAUUGUUCAAAUAUCUGAAUGGUGGAAAGACCUUGGUUUGGCUAAAAGGUUGAAGUUUGCAAGAAACCAACCGCUUAAAUGGUAUAUUUGGUCUAUGGUCUGCUUCACAGAUGCAAACUUGUCAUGGCAAAGAAUUGAGCUUACAAAACCCAUAUCUUUCAUCUACAUAAUUGAUGAUAUAUUUGAUGUUUAUGGAACACUCGAUGAACUCACUAUUUUUACAGAAAUGGUUAAAAGCUGGGAUCAUGCGGCUAUUGAUCAACUACCAGACUACAUGAAGAUAUGUUUUCAGGAUCUUGAUGAUGUUACUAAUGAAAUCAGCUACAAGGUGUACAAGGAGCAUGGCUUCAACCCUGUGCACUCACUAAGGAAAGCGUGGUCCAGUUUGUGCAACGCAUUUCUAGUUGAAGCAAAAUGGCUCACUGAUGGGAGCAUGCCUAAGGCCGAAGAAUACUUGAAAAAUGGGAUUAUUAGUUCAGGGAUACAUGUGGUAAUGGUGCAUGUGUUUUUUCUCCUGGGUCAGAAUGUAACAGAGGAAACUGUUCAGCUUAUUGACAAUAAUCCAGGAAUAAUUUCCUCCACCGCAAGCAUUCUUCGACUUUGGGAUGAUUUAGGUAGCGCCAAGGAUGAGAAUCAGGAUGGUAAAGAUGGAUCAUAUGUUCACUAUUAUAUGAAGGAACACCAAGUUUCUGAUGUAGAAGCUGCUGAAAAACAUGCUAUGAACAAGAUUUCCGAUGCAUGGAAGUGCCUAAAUAAGGAAUGCCUCUCCCCAAACCCCUUUUCAUCUUCCUUCAAAAGGGCUUCACUAAAUCUAGCAAGAAUGGUUCCUUUGAUGUACAGUUAUGAUGACAACCAACGCCUUCCAGGGCUUGAAAAGUUUGUUAAGUCUCUUCUAUUUGAAAAUGAAGAACAUACUCAAAGAGUUUAUUAGAUCUUGUUUUGUAGAGCCUUUUCACGGAAUAAAAUAAGGAAAGAAAAUUCAGUUGUUAUAGUGUAAUAUGUAAUAAAUCAUAAAACGGCUAAUUAAUUUCAGCCAUGAGAUUUGAUAAUAUAUAUUUGAAAAGACGCUUUAUAUAA